AUCGCGAGAUCUGAUGACCUGCUUCCUCAAAAUGUAAACAUUGCAGUUUUGCUAGUCGAAGUUCAGCGUUAUGUUCCACUGCACGGUGUGGGAGACGUAGAAAGGAUUACAUUAUUUUGGUCGUCGGAAUGUGACAUUAUCUUGAAGUGAUUUCCAUUGAAAGUCCACCGUUACAUAAUUUUAAGUUGUAGCGGCAUUUCGCUGUAGUGCUGGAAUGGGUAUCACCCCUCCUGGGUCCAAAUGGAGAACCAAGGGAGCGACGAGGUGGAAAAAAUGAAGACAAAGUUCUUGUCUGUGUGGCACAAUGUGAAAUACAGUUGGGCUCUGAAGUCAAAGACCUCAUUCAGCAGAAAUUCUCCUGUUUUUCUUCUGGGAAAAUGUUACCACUUUAAGGUAGAAGACGAUGACGACGUGUCAGAAGGCUGUUUGGAAGCAUCCAAUGAAGACUUUGUCAUGGGAAAUGUUGAGGAUUUCCGAAAGGAUUUUGGAUCUCGUGUGUGGCUAACAUAUCGGGAAGAGUUUCCCCCUCUGUCUGGCUCUGCACUGACGUCUGACUGUGGUUGGGGCUGCAUGCUGCGGGCUGGACAGAUGAUGCUGGCCCAAGCGCUAAUUCUGCACUUUUUGGGCAGAGAAUGGACCUGGUCAGAAGCACUGCAGCUUCAGCCUUUAGACACGGAGACGUGGACCACUACUGCUGCAAAGCGCAUGGUAGCGUCCCUAGAAGCCUCCCUGCAUGGCACCCAGAGCAAGCCAUCCUCUAAUCCUGGCUCACCGGCCGUACCUCAGGCUCAGGCUGCACGGUCUGCAGAGGAAGCAGAUGCCCAUUUAAAAGAAAUGUAUCACAGGACACUGGUUUCAUGGUUUGGAGACAACCCAUCUGCCCAACUGGGCCUGCACAGACUGGUGCACUUAGGCCUAACAAUGGGGAAGCAGGCAGGGGACUGGUAUGGACCUGCUGUGGUAGCACACAUUCUCAAGAAAGCCAUAGAGGAAGCAAUGGACCCCGCCCUGGCGGGUGUAUCUGCUUAUGUCUCCCAGGAUUGUACAGUGUACAGCGCUGAUGUGGUCGAUAGCCACAAGGCACCCAGAGCAGGGCACCCGUCUGCUGGUGCGUCACAUGCCCCGCCCCCUCCACAAAACAACCAAUCAGCGUCUGCAUUCACCUUGCCAGACAGUCAAGCUGUUAUUAUUCUCAUCCCUGUGCGACUGGGAGGAGAGAAAACCAACCCUGACUACUUUAACUUUGCGAAGAGAAUGCUAAGUCUGGAGUACUGUCUCGGCAUCAUUGGAGGGAAGCCCAAGCAGGCCUGCUACUUUGUAGGAUUUCAAGAUGACAGCUUGAUUUACCUGGACCCUCAUUACUGUCAGUCUUUUGUGGACGUCAGCACCAGCGAUUUCCUUCUGCAGUCCUAUCAUUGUCCUUCACCCAAGAAGAUGCAGUUUACAAAAAUGGACCCAAGCUGCACCAUUGGUUUUUACUCCAGAAGUGUCCAAGACUAUGAGAAAAUCAGCCAAGAGCUGUCUCGGGUGCUGCAGCCAUCAGCGAGCGACAAAUACCCAGCGUUCACUAUCGUGCAAGGUCAUGGCAGAGAUUACGACCUGUCAGCAGGUCUGACCCCGGAAAAGAGAGAGUGGCCCUUCAUCCGUGACCCGAGAAGGACAAUCACCACUGCUGGGGACUUUGUACUACUUUAACAAAACGGUUUGGAACUGCGAACAUGGAAUUUUUUUCACUGUGUGAUGCCUAAAGAAGUCUGUGUGUCUGAGACAGACGUAACAUUAAACCUUCGAGAACCAAA